UUGCAUCCUUGGGUGCUCGUGUGGUGAAACUCUCAGUAGCAGUGAUCUUUUCUGCAGAAUUUGUCUCUAAAUCUAAAUUUGGUUUUUCUAAAUUGAAAUAUGAACGAAAUAGAAAGCCUACGGCUAAAAGUCUUAGAACUUGAAAACAAAUUGCGAGGAAAAGAAGAUAAAGACAGUCAUGCGACGGAAACGAGGGGAAGGAUCGAACAUAUGUCAGAUGAAGUGGUGGAUUCGAAUCCGUACAGCCGAUUGAUGGCACUGAAGCGUAUGGGUAUCGUUGAAAAUUAUGAAAAGAUACGAGAAUUCACGAUAGCUAUUGUUGGAAUUGGUGGCGUCGGUAGUGUAACGGCAGAAAUGCUGACAAGAUGCGGCAUUGGAAAGUUGAUACUGUUUGAUUAUGAUAGCGUAGAGCUUGCAAAUAUGAACAGGUUAUUUUUUCAACCUCAUCAAGCAGGUCAGAGUAAAGUCGAGGCAGCGGCGAACACUUUGCGCGGCAUAAAUCCUGACGUGGCAAUUGAAAUACGCAAUUACAAUAUCACGACUAUCGAUCACUUCCAAGAUUUUAUGAAUACGAUAAGUAAUUCCAGUUUGAAAAACGGUCCAGUCGACUUGGUGCUGAGUUGUGUCGACAAUUUCGAAGCUCGCAUGGCAAUUAACACUGCGUGUAACGAACUUAAUCAGAAGUGGUUCGAGAGUGGCGUGUCUGAAAAUGCAGUGUCCGGCCACAUUCAAUUUAUUGUGCCUGGCGAAACAGCCUGUUUUGCAUGUGCUCCACCUUUGAUCGUAGCGUCCAGCAUCGAUGAGAAAACUCUGAAACGCGAAGGAGUAUGCGCUGCAUCAUUACCUACUACAAUGGGUAUUGUAGCAGGUUUCUUGGUCCAGAAUACUUUGAAGUUCUUAUUAAAAUUCGGAAAAGUGUCUCAUUACUUAGGUUACAAUGCUAUGGAAGACUUUUUCCCAAUUAUGACUUUGAGGCCAAAUCCAAAUUGUGAUGACGCGCACUGCAAGCAAAGGCAAAAAGAAUAUUCGGCACUGCCAAAGACCCAACAGAAACCAAUUGUUGUUGAAGAGAAGCCUGUACACGAAGAUAACGAAUGGGGAAUCUCCUUGGUUGAUGAACGUAGUGAUCACCCAGACGAAAUAUCGCAUGUAUCAGCGACUCCAGGUGUACGACAUGCGUAUACUGUACCCACGUAUAAAAAUAAUUCGGAAGAGGAACAAACUGUUCCCGAGUCUACAGGAAUAAGCUUAGACGAAUUAAUGGCAGAGAUGAAGUCUAUUUGAAGAUAAUUUAAUGUAGAUUAACACAUUCCAUCCGAGGACAAUGUAACAUAGAUUAACACAUUUAAAAAAAAUCUAUCUUUUAUAUUUACAUAAUCGUAUGUACUGUAAGUAUUCUAUUUUAUUUAUAUAAUUUUUCAAUAACGUAGCGCAAUACUUUAUGUAACCAAUUUAAGUUGAUUCAUAAAAAGAUUAAUUGUGGGCGA